AUGCGGGGCAUUGCUCAGCGACUUGUCGAGCUCGGAUCCGAUGUGAACUACAGCUAUGGCACUGUUGAUGGAAAGUGGCCUACUGUUCCUGCUGCAUGGAAAGGACAUACAAAAACCCCGCAAUAUUUCCUCGGCCAUGGAUUAGACAUUCAUGUAGGUCGCGGCCCGUUUCAGGCUCUGUGGGCAGCUGCAUGGUGUGGCCACGCUGAUAUAGCAAGGGCCCUACUAGAUGCUGACAUGCAGUUGGACCGUUGGGGCGUGGAUGAAAGUCCUCGAAAGGGUCUGUGGUGUACCCGAAGCCAGUGA